AUAUCCAGUAAAUCAUAGUAUGUGUCCAUGUAUGUAUGUUUAUGCAUAGCUAUGUGAGUAUGUACAUGCUCAAUAACAAGUUUUUAAUCUGAUAUAUAAGAGUAUUGCUAGUAUGUCGAAUAUCUUAAUACUACAUUAUUUAUUAUAGUUAUUAUUAUAACCGUCAGAAUUAAGACAAAUUCAUCUAGCCAAUACAUACUUCUAUAAAUAACGCUAAAAACUGUUCAAUACCUAAUUAUCUCCUUAAAGUUUAAUCUGUUAAUACUCGUUUCCUUAACAUGACAUCUACUGACACUGCGAUUUUAACGUCAAAAUCAAUUUCACCGACUAAUUCAAUGAAUAUUGGACAAACUUUCAAAUAUCAAGUUUUUAGUGAUAAUACUGCAGGCAUUUCAAUAGUUGAUGCACCUCAGUCAAAAGGUGAGGAUAAAAAAGGUUAUCUAUGGGAACGCGUAAACAACUUGACAACAUCUGUGAUAGAUUCAGUUAGACAAAAAAUACCAGUACGUAGAAGCAAUCAAGCAUAUGAUGCAUUCAAGCGUUUUCAAUCCCUCUUCUCUAUUAUUGGACCAAUAUUACUACUUAUAUUGUUUAUCCUAGUAAUAGUGUAUUGGAAGAGUGAACGGAAUGAACGAUGGAAAAACCGUAAUCAGUGUUUUACAAAAGAAUGUCUUCUAUCUUCAAGUUCCAUUGUGUCUCAUAUGAAUACAACCAUAGCUCCAUGUGAAAAUUUCUAUCAAUAUGCUUGCGGUUCUUACUACACACCAUUUCAUCUAGAACAAAAUGCUGAUCAACCAGCAGUACAAGCACAUCGUGUUAUCGCUAGUGCAUUCGGUCAUGGCAUUAUACAAGAUUAUUUUAAAACCGGUAGAUAUCGACGACUGUUACGUUUUGAUAGGCCAAUGAUUGAACAUUUAUCUGAAAUCAAUGUACAUGCAAUUAUUCAUUCAUUACGUAAUAUCUAUGAAAAUUAUUCUGGAAGAAAAAAUUCUGCAAAAUUCAAAGUUGCAGAAUUCUAUGAUUCAUGUACUUCAACAUCACUGAGAAACUGGUUUGGUGCCCAACCAUUGAUAAAGAAAAUUGCACCGAUUAUUAAUGGGAUAUGGUUACUGGACAGAAAUGCAACAAAUGAAACCGGAGCUGGUGUAGCUAAUCAAAGCUCUACUUGGCCACGAUAUCUAUUUUGGGAUUCAAAAUUAUCAGAUAAAUUUAGGAUGAGCAACAAUUGGUCAUGGAUGGAGUCAAUUAAACAUCUACAAGUUGAACUACAUGUACCUACAUUUGCUGAUUUCAUUCUGCACACAAGUCCAGAUAGAAAACCACGACUAUACUUUAUCCCAGAUUCUGGAGCAAGUGGAUAUCUGUCAUAUUACAAAAUUAACAACUAUGUCACUGGUAUUCUGCAAGUUUUAGCCAAGGAUGCUGGUAUACCAUAUGGAAACGAGGAGUAUAAGGAGAGAAUGCGCAUAUUUACAGAAGAUUUAAAACUUGUUACAAGUGAACUGAACAAGCUUUAUCGAAGUACAAAACCAUCAAAAUUACCAAAGAAAUCAAAACUUGGUGACCUAAGUAUUAAUGGAAAUGCUUUUGAUUGGUCGGGAAUGCUUAGCGCCUAUUUUGAUGAAACAUAUAUCAAUUUUGAUGCUGAUUAUGAAAUAUAUUCACGAUAUUUAGAUUAUUUACAGAAAAUUCCUAUAUUUAUUGGAAAAUUGGAAAGAAACUUCACAAAACCUGUAGCUGAUCGAAUCAUGAAUAACUACAUGUUCUGGAAUGUUCUAGAAGCAUACGCGUGGCAUUUGUCCUAUGAAUAUUAUAUGCUACACUUAUCAUAUUAUUAUAGCACAGAGAAUAUUAUGGAAUUGGAAUGCUUUUUUGUGACACAUGAACUAUUUGACACUGUCCUCGGUGCUGUUUACGUUGAAAGACAUUUACAUAAUGAAACAGAGAAGGAGGUCGAACAGAUGACGGUAUAUCUAAGAAGAAGUCUUAAGAACCAUUUAAAACAAAUUCAGUGGAUGGAUGAACAAACAAGAAAAGAAGUUGAUGACCGGAUUACUAAAAUGAAAGUCUUAUACAAAGUACCCGAAAUCAUGCGUAAUGAUCAAAAGUUGAAUUAUGCUUAUAGAACACUUCGAACUUCAUACAAUUACUUAAACAAUUUGUUCUCAGCAGUUCAAUAUACUCGUGGUGUUUACAACCGUCUAAUGUCAGGUGUAACUGAAACAAGUGAAGAGAAUUGGAACUCAAGAGAUGUUAUGGUGUAUGAUACACAUAUAGCCUUAUAUUUGCAAAUGGAUGAAGUAUUUAUCCCACCUGGAAUGCUUCAACUUCCCAUAUAUCAUCAUAAUUUACCAGCAGCUUUAAAUUUUGGUGGGAUGGGUAGUCUAGUUGGUACUGCAAUCGGUAUUCUAGUCGGAGAAUACGGUUCAUUCGUGCUCAAAGAAGGUGAUAUGCAAUCACUUUGGUCAUCUGAAACUAUUAGUAGGUACAAAGAACAUAAGAAGUGUGUUCUUGAUCAAAUUUACAAUGCAUCAAAAUAUUAUUUCAAUUUUUCUGACGCGGGAAUGGCAUUUAUGGAAGACGAUAUGAAGAAAGCUACACGGGCAACUAUCAAUGAAGCAUCUGGGCUAGACAUAGCAAGAUCUGCAUUCGAAGACUGGAUUAAUAACACACCAGAUGAGAAGUAUUUAAGACGCUUACCUGGUGUCUCGUUCAAUCCUAAACAAUUAUUUUAUUUAACAUACGCACAAACGUUUUGUCACAAUAUGGAUUUCUGGGAUGAAUAUUACCAGAUGACAUCGACAACACCACAACCACCGUAUGAAGUUUUAGUGAAUCAUAUAAUGAAUGAACUGCCUGAUUUUGCAAAUACAUUCAAGUGCCCAGUUGGUGCUCUAAUGAAUCCUACAAAACGCUGCCGUGCAGCUUUGUAGGUUAUCCCUCAUUUCCUUUACAUAAUGAAAGAAAGGAACAUCAAAUUCCUUUUCGUUCAUUUCUUUCUUGUCUUAAAAAUUUUCCUUUCACAUUUAUGCAUCAUGUUGAACACAAACCAUUGAGUCACUUAACAAUAUUCACUUUGAAAGCAAUUUGUAUCUAUACAUAUUUUAUUCAAAUGAAGUUCGUAUAUGAUUACAUUUGAUUAUCUAACAGUUUGUAUUUCAAAUAAAUUGUUUAUACUGACUUGUAUCAAUAAACUUGUUUUUUCACGA